CCAGACAAAGACAGUCAGUCUGAUGUGAUUGAGACAAGGGAGGUUUUCAGGGGGAGACUGGGAGAUAGGGGCCUCCCCUCCCCCUCCUCCUCUUCCUGCGCGGACCUCAACCCCUCCCCAGUCCGCUCCCGACCGGCUCCCCACGCGGAAGACACCCCUCCCCCUCCCGCUUUCCCCUCCUCCCGGUCUCAGCCCUUCGUACUGGGACGUUGGGGAGGGGGGCUGUGCCGCGCGGAGAGAACUCAGCAACGAUUCCGAGAAUGGUAAAUAGCGCUGAUCAUCUCUAGAAAGGAUAUUGCUUCACCUCAUGUAAAGUAUGCUCAAUUCCCUCCCAGUGGUUUUGUUGGAAACCAUGUCUCACUAUACAGAUGAACCCAGAUUUACAAUAGAACAGAUAGAUCUGCUUCAGCGCCUUCGGCGUACUGGAAUGACUAAACAUGAAAUCCUCCAUGCCUUGGAAACUUUGGACCGUCUUGAUCAAGAGCAUAGUGACAAGUUUGGAAGAAGGUCCAGCUAUGGAGGAAGUUCAUAUGGGAAUAGUACCAACAAUGUUCCAGCAUCUUCCUCUACAGCUACAGCUUCCACACAGACGCAGCAUUCUGGAAUGUCCCCAUCGCCUAGCAACAGUUAUGAUACCUCCCCACAGCCUUGCACUACCAAUCAAAAUGGGAGGGAGAAUAACGAGCGAUUGUCCACAUCCAAUGGAAAGAUGUCACCGACUCGCUACCAUGUAAACAGCAUUGGUCAGAGGUCAUACAGUUUUGAAGCCUCAGAAGAGGACCUAGAUGUAGAUGAUAAAGUGGAGGAAUUAAUGAGGAGGGACAGCAGUGUGAUAAAAGAGGAAAUCAAAGCCUUUCUUGCCAAUCGGAGGAUUUCCCAAGCAGUUGUUGCACAGGUAACAGGUAUCAGUCAGAGCCGGAUCUCUCACUGGCUGUUGCAGCAGGGAUCAGACCUGAGUGAGCAGAAGAAAAGGGCAUUUUACCGAUGGUAUCAACUUGAGAAGACAAACCCUGGGGCUACGCUAAGUAUGAGACCAGCCCCCAUUCCAAUAGAAGACCCAGAAUGGAGACAAACGCCUCCCCCAGUCUCUGCUACAUCUGGCACCUUCAGAUUACGACGAGGGAGUCGAUUUACCUGGAGAAAGGAGUGCCUCGCUGUAAUGGAAAGUUACUUCAACGAGAAUCAAUAUCCAGAUGAAGCAAAGAGAGAAGAAAUUGCAAACGCUUGCAAUGCAGUUAUACAGAAGCCAGGCAAAAAGCUGUCAGACCUGGAGCGAGUUACCUCCCUGAAAGUGUAUAAUUGGUUUGCCAACAGGCGGAAGGAGAUCAAGAGGAGAGCCAACAUCGAAGCAGCAAUCCUGGAGAGUCAUGGGAUAGAUGUACAGAGUCCAGGGGGCCAUUCCAACAGUGACGACGUCGACGGCAACGACUACUCCGAGCAGGAUACUUGGCAAGUACGCAAUGGGGAGGAGGAGGAGGGAAGAAGUUCAGAGGGAGUCAGAGAAGCAGAGAAGGACGACAGCACUAGCCAUAGUGACCACCAGGACCCCAUCUCACUAGCUGUGGAAAUGGCCGCCGUCAACCACACGAUCUUGGCAUUGGCCCGACAAGGAGCCAACGAAAUCAAGACAGAGGCCCUGGAUGACGACUGACCGGGGAGGGCGACGUGAGAGUAACUUAGUUUAGACGUAGCACCUUAGCAGACUUUCCUCGGUCCUUAACACGUGUUCUCACAGUAUAACUUGCAGUUUCUUGUAUGUCAGUUAGCCGUUAGGGUCUUCUUGUUCUGUGAAGAUGGCAUGGUGCCCUCCGCCUUUGCAUAUACUCUCUCAGUAUUAAUUCCCAGUAAAUAAUAAGCAACCAACCAACCACACUUCCCUCUCCCGGCCCCAAGGCUAGAAAUUUCGCUGCUCCGUCUUAGCAUUCCAAGAAAGUGCUUCCAGGUAUGUAGAUAGCCCUCCGGUCUCAGACACUAGGCUACAUGUAAACCGCGGGUGCCGCAGACCCCUGUCCCACCGUCUGUCCCCCUUCCCUCCUCGGCUGGUAGGAUGCAGGCUGAGGCAGUGUGGCCUGGGACUGACGCCCAAGUGGGGAGUGUCCACAGUGAAAGGAGCACGAGCCCCACCUCGGGGUGGGGGCCCUGAUUUCUAGCUUCAACAAGCCGUGCCUCACAACAGUCACACGGGCUGGUGACGCCUGUCUGGGCUGUGCUGGGAAUGCAGCAGGGGAGCUCCAGCUCAGAUUCAGGUGAUGGUAACGUGCCUGACAGACAUCCAGUCCUCUCACAGCUGUGUGACUGAGGAGAUAAAAUACUGCCUUCUGCCUUUGGGACCAUGAUUAAAACAAACAAAAAAAGACAAAAAUAGAGGUCAUUUAAAAACACCCCAGCUUGAGAGGCACUGGGAAGUGACACGAGCUGAAUGUCUGUGGAUGCCACGCCCAGCUCUCAGAACCGCUGUCUGUCAGGCGGGGCACAGGCCUCGCCUGUCUGGGAAAGUGCCGGAGGUCGUCGGGAGCUGCUUUGCCUCCUGUGUCCCCUUCCCUGCCGCCAAAAAAGUCUUUCAAGGACGAAGCUAAGGUUAAAAAUGAGUGAACGAACUUUCAGUCUUUGUGUCCAUCAACUGAAGCCCCUCGAUGUGAGGGGUUGUAGAGGACUGUACGGUGGCUGUUGCUGACUGACUUUCACAGAUGCUAACACUUCCCUACACAGGGGCAGGAAAAACAGGACGUUUGCCACUUACGUGGCGGUUCUGCGUGACACGACGGGUGUGACUGCUUUGGUGUUCUCUUUACUCUGUCCUUGGAGCUGUGUGAAAAGCUGUAUUGCUACAGGCAAUUUAUUUAAUAAUUGGAAGCCAUAUUGAUAAUGGAUGUGGUAAUAUUUGUAAAGUUUAAUCUUCUUUAAGCAGCAGUAACCUAAUGGAAUUUUUUUCCUUGAUCAUAUAUGUAGCACUUUUGUUACUUCUUAAAGAUAUUUAUAUUUGAUAAA